AUGGGUUUGAAGCAGCUGGUUCUUGAAUUUGGGUUCUGGGUUUUAUUUAUAAGUUCAAUCUUCACUAAUAAUUUGGUGGUGAGCUCGAAUGUCGACAAGAUCCAAGAGGUUAUUACUAGAGGCAAUAUUCUUGUAGAUGGGAAGAAUGUGAUCGGAACGACGGACCCGAAUUUCGUCUGCGCCACCUUGGAUUGGUGGCCACAUGAUCAAUGCGAUUACGGGAAUUGUAGCUGGGAUCAAUCCUCUCUUCUAAAUCUGGAUCUCAACAACAAGAUACUAAUGAAUGCUGUAAAAGCAUUUUCACCCUUGAAGUUGAGGUUAGGAGGAACGUUACAGGACAGGCUUAUAUAUGAAACAGAGCUGCAGCAGCACUGCAUUCCAUUCAUCAAGAACAACUCCAACUUGCUUGGUUACAAUCAGGGUUGUCUCCCCUUGAGUAGAUGGGAUCAACUCAAUACCUUUUUUAACAAAUCCGGGGCGGUGGUUAUGUUCGGAUUAAACGUUUUGAAUGGAAGGUUCGUUAUGAGGAAUGGAUCUGUUGUAGGAUCAUGGAAUUCUACAAAUGCCAAAUCUUUUAUUGAAUAUUCUCUUAGAAAGGGUUACAAAAUCCAUGGUUGGGAACUUGGAAACGAGUUAACUGGGACUGGAACUGCGAUUAGAAUUGAAGCUGAUCAAUAUGCAUCGGAUGUCAUCUCAUUCCAUAAUAUAAUUCAAAAAGUUUAUAAGAAUGAGAAGGUGAAGCCAUUGAUUUUAGCUCCUGGAGGAUUCUUUAAUCCAAUCUGGUUCAAAGAAUUCAUUCAUAAAACAACUUCAACUAAUAUUGAUGUUGUGAGUCACCAUAUAUACAAUCUUGGACCGGGAUCCGACAUGAACCUGGCUGAGAAGAUUCUCAAUCCAUCCCUGUUUGAUCAUGAGGUGGUGAAUACAUUUAGAGGGAUGAGAAGUGUUAUCAACAAUUCAGCUCAAGUUUGGGUGGGAGAAGGAGGAGGUAUUUAUAGAAGUGGAAGAAAUCAAGUGUCCAAUACCUUUCUUUUUAGUUUCUGGUACUUGGAUCAGCUUGGUUUAUCAUCCUCUUAUGAUACAAAAACUUACUGUCGACAGACAUUAAUAGGUGGAAACUAUGGCUUGCUAAAUACAACCACCUUUAAGCCCAAUCCAGAUUACUACAGCGCUCUUCUAUGGCACCGGUUGAUGGGAAACAAAGUCUUAUCGACGAAUUUUUCUGGGUCGAACAAGAUUCGGGCUUACGCUCACUGCUCAAAACAAUCACAAGGAGGAAUCACCUUGUUGUUGAUUAAUAUGGACAAGAUGAAUAGGGUUGAGGCGAAAUUGAAUGCUGUUAAUGGUAGCAUUACUUGCAGGCAUAAUGGGAAAAUGACUAAUGUAAGGGAGGAGUAUCGUUUAACGGCUAAGAAUGGGAAUUUGCAGAGUCAGAGUGUGUUGCUUAAUGGUAAGGAGUUGAUUGUGGAUGAUGAAGAUAAUAUACCUCCAAUGGAACCUGUCACUGUAAAUGCAGAACAACCCAUAACCAUUGCUCCUCUCUCCAUUUUGUUUGCUCACAUCCCAUAUCUUUGCCUUCGUGCUUGCUCCUAAAUUC